GAGGCAACGCGCGCCCGGCCGCCAGGCUGUACCUCCUCGGGCUUCGGCGGUGGCGGCGCUAGCCUCGGAGUCUCUGUGCGUCUCCAGCCGCCUCUUAGCGGCUCGGCGCCCGCUGCUAAGAGCCUGUGGAGGCCAGAAGAGGGCACUGGAUCCCUUGGAACUGGAAUUAUACAUGGUUGUUAGUUACCAAGUCAUGAUUGGGAACUGAACAAGGUCCUCUGCAAGAACAAUUAAAAUGACGAAUGUAUAAUUUCAGUGGAAUAAAUGGCGUCCAAAGUCACAGAUGCUAUAGUCUGGUAUCAAAAGAAGAUUGGAGCAUAUGAUCAGCAAAUAUGGGAAAAGUCUGUUGAACAAAGAGAAAUCAAGGGGUUAAGGAAUAAACCAAAGAAAACAGCACAUGUGAAACCAGACCUCAUUGAUGUUGAUCUUGUAAGAGGAUCUGCAUUUGCUAAGGCAAAGCCUGAAAGUCCUUGGACUUCUCUGACUAGAAAAGGAAUUGUUCGAGUUGUAUUUUUUCCCUUUUUCUUUCGGUGGUGGUUACAAGUAACGUCAAAAGUCAUCUUUUCUUGGCUGCUUGUCCUUUAUCUUCUUCAAGUUGCUGCAAUAGUAUUAUUCUGUUCCGCUCCUAGUCCACACAGCAUACCUCUCACCGAAGUGAUUGGACCAGUAUGGCUGAUGCUGCUUUUGGGGACUGUGCAUUGCCAGAUUGUUUCAACAAGAACACCCAAACCUCCUCUAAGCACAGGCGGUAAAAGAAGAAGGAAAUUAAGAAAAGCGGCCCAUUUGGAAGUACAUAGGGAAGGAGAUGGUUCCAGUACCACAGAUAACACACAGGAGGGAGCAGUGCAGAGCCAUGGUGCAGGCACCUCUUACAGUGUUGGUGCUAUCUUCAGAGAUCUCUGGCAUGCUGCUUUCUUUUUAUCAGGGUCAAAGAAAUCAAAGAACUCAAUUGAUAAAUCAACUGAGACUGACAAUGGCUAUGUAUCCCUCGAUGGGAAAAAGACUGUAAAAAGCAGUGAAGGUGGAAUACAAAACCAUGAACCUCAGUGUGAAACUGUUCGACCAGAUGGUACAUCCUGGAUCACACGAACUCCCAGGACUCUUCCCAGCAAAGAUACCCAGAGGAAAAUAGCAAAUAUUUCUGAUGAAGUAUCCAGUGAGGAAGGUCCUGAAACAGGAUACUCAUUACGUGGUCAUGUGGACAGGACUUCAGAAAGCAGUCUUCGAAAUAGAAAGCCACACCAUUAUAGAAAGCAUUAUGCAAAUGAGGAUGCCCCUAAAUCGGGUACUAGUUGCAGCUCUCGCUGUUCAAGUUCCAGACAGGAUUCUGAGAGUGCAAGGCCAGAAUCUGAAACAGAAGAUGUGUUAUGGGAAGACUUGUUACAUUGUGCAGAAUGCCGUUCAUCUUGUACAAGUGAGACAGAUGUGGAAAGUCCUCAAAUUAACCCAUGUGUGAAAAAAGAAUAUAGAGACGACCCUUUUCAUCAGAGUCAUUUGCCCUGGCUUCAUAGUUCCCAUCCGGGACUAGAGAAAAUCAGUGCUAUAGUCUGGGAAGGCAAUGACUGUAAAAAAGCGGACAUGUCUGUACUUGAAAUCAGUGGGAUGAUAAUGAACAGAGUGAACAGCCAUAUACCAGGAAUAGGAUACCAGAUAUUUGGAAAUGCCAUCUCGCUGAUCCUGGGUUUGACUCCGUUUGUUUUCCGACUGUCCCAAGCUACAGACUUGGAACAACUCACAGCAUACUCUGCUUCCGAGCUUUAUGUGAUUGCAUUUGGGUCUAAUGAAGACUUCAUGGUUCUUUCUAUGGUUAUAAUAAGUUUUGUGGUCCGUGUAUCUCUUGUAUGGAUUUUCUUUUUUUUGCUCUGUGUAGCAGAAAGAACUUAUAAACAGCGAUUGCUUUUUGCAAAACUCUUUGGACAUUUAACAUCUGCACGGAGGGCUCGGAAAUCUGAGGUUCCUCAUUUCCGGUUGAAGAAAGUACAGAAUAUAAAAAUGUGGCUAUCUCUCCGUUCCUACCUUAAGCGACGAGGUCCUCAGAGAUCAGUUGAUGUAAUUGUUUCAUCUGCUUUCUUAUUGACGAUCUCAGUUGUAUUUAUCUGCUGUGCUCAGCUGCUCCACGUGCAUGGGAUCUUCCUGGAUUGCCACUACAACUGGGAGCUGGUGAUCUGGUGCAUCUCCUUGACACUAUUUCUCUUAAGAUUUGUGACUCUUGGAUCAGAAACAAGUAAAAAAUACAGCAAUACCUCAAUAUUACUUACUGAACAGAUAAACCUCUACUUGAAAAUGGAGAAAAAACCUAACAAAAAGGAGGAACUGACACUAGUGAAUAAUGUUUUAAAACUGGCUACUAAACUAUUAAAGGAAUUGGACAGUCCCUUUAGGUUGUAUGGACUCACCAUGAACCCGCUGCUGUACAACAUCACCCAGGUGGUCAUCCUGUCGGCUGUUUCUGGUGUUAUCAGUGACUUGCUUGGAUUUAAUUUAAAGCUAUGGAAGAUUAAAUCAUAACGGAGAGGAAAGAUGUAGCCCUCUUCUCUAGAAUGAGUGCUGACUUAGCUGCCUGGAGGCAGUCGCUGGCUCUGCCUCAGGAGUCUGCUGGGAAACUGAAGUGUUUACAUCAGACUGUCUUGUGCAAUUCUUAUAUUUAUUUUCACUGUUUUUUUGUAACAUUUAUUUUAGUCUUUCUAUUUUAUUUUUAAGCAUUGACAUUCUUAGUUGUUGAAAGGGUGGCAGAACUGAUAUCCAGAUACUUGAGAUCCUGGUAAUUGUUCAUAAAUUACUGACAAAGAACUUUUGAAAAUAGAAGCCAUUGCUGAGCACUGUUUCUCCAUCAAUGCCAGAGCUUGCCUUACCCGAGGAAAACUUCUUUAACUCUGGAAUAGUGCAUUGGACUCAAACACAUACAGCAUUUUCUUUGGUACAUCAAGGUCCACUCAGGAGCUCUCUUGACAUAUUUCAGAGCAAUGCUGGGAUCUAAACUGAUUAAGCUGCAUUUAAAGCACCCUUCAGUAUUAAUACAUAUGGUAUUAUUGUAACAGGUCAACAAGUGCUCUUUGAUGAUAAAACUCUUAAUGGAGCAAUAAUUGUAAAUGGUUACCAUACUGUAAGAUAUUUUGAUAAAAAUUAAUUAGUAAUAAUUGUAUUUAUUUGAAACACUGAGCUGUUUGCACAGCUCCAACUGUGCAUGCUCACAAUGUGCACUUUUUAAAAUUGUUACUUUUAAUGUGUAUCUUUAUAUGGGCUAUGUUACAGUGUACUAGGGCAUAAUAUGGUAUCCUUUUGAGUGAGGUACAUACUCAUCUCACAAGUGAAGUGCCUAUUGCUAUUACUAAAGUACGUUAUGUUUACUCAAGUAAAAGAAUUUCCUCCCAUGGUACACUAUAGCGUAUGCUAUUCAUACCACACUUUAGUACACAACUUAAGAAUAAAGUUAAGAACCAGUAAAAUACUUAUCUGAUCUCUAGUUAUAAAAUUUCCAAUUUUUCUGAAAAGACAGCUUCAGCCUUCCAAUUCUAGCCUCUAAAUUUAAUCUGGUGCACCCCCUCCCCCAGCUCCAUUAUAUAAGGGCUAUUUUAGAUGCUUUUAAACAUGGGACGUUAACUUCUCUCCCCUUCAAUUAUUUGUCAAGUAUCCAGUGAGAACUUAUCAUGUUGGCAUGCUAGGUAAAUAGGCCAAAUAUGAUAGUCUCUUACAUUGGACUUUGAUUUUAAGUUGUUAUAUAUGUACAAUCAGUAGUGUUUUAGGAAUUACAUGGACAUUAAAAAGGGUUUUGUGAUUUAUUUUUAAAGCCAAACAUCUGGUUUUUAAAACAAAGGAUUUAUUUGAAACAAUCUAGAAUUUUCUUGGUGCAAAGUCAUAUUGAAUAUCUUCAUAUUUUUUGCAUAUUUUAAAGAAUUCAAAAUAAUUCAUUGCAAAUAAUUUAUUUGAUUGGUGCAGUUCUAAUUCCCAAAUCAUAAUCUUAAAAUCGGGAAUGUAUAGAGAACAGAGCCACGUGAUACAACUUUGCUCUUACCAUUCCUUUGACCAGCUUCAGUUCAACCUCAUUGUGUAGUCUGUUUUUUGUUUGUUUUUUGGUUUUGUUUUGUUUUGGUUUGGUUUUUUUUGUAUAGGAAACAGCAGACAGCAUUCUGUUUUAUUUGCCUAUGUUCUAAUGUUUAAUAAUGACCAAAGUGCAUUCUGGGUCUUUUCAAGGAAUGUAUUACUGGAGCUUUAAGAACAUACUUA